AUGGGUAGAAUUCUAGCAUUUUUUGGGAAUCCUGGUCAACGUCCAACGAUCCAUCAUCGUGCACCAUUACCAAUUUCACACGAGUGUGGUUCUGAUCUGGAUCAUGUAUGCACUGUCGAAGAAGGAGAAGAAGAGGAAGUCAUAACGAUAAUAGAUGAAAAUGGUGAAAAGAAAGAGACACUCAAGCAAGAUUUGCGUGCCAUUUCUUCGAACAGUGAUCAAUCAACUGCUGUUGAAUUGAGUGAUAUGAAUAUCGAAUCUGAUGGGUCAAUUAUAACAAGUCACGGGUUUACUGGUCUUAAUAAAGGUUACACAGAUAAGGUAUUGGAUAUUUUAGUUGAUUUCGCCGGUGGACAAAUUGUGUUUUGUUGUGUAUGGAUAAUUUUAAUUAUUUGGAUUGUAAUCGGUAUAGUUUAUAACGGUUCUUAUGUAUGGCAAGUGGUAAUGCAAGAUGGUCAAUCUAUUCAAUGUUAUAUUUGGGAUACUCUGCUGAUGAGACAACAAUUAACUAGUACCCAUGAACAAGUUCUUGUCUGUUGCCAAUUACGAUCCCGUAUGUCUACUUUCAAAGACUUUCUAACUAGAACUCUAAAUGUGCACAACCAUGAUAAAGAUGAUACUAAUAAUAACAUACCAUUAUCAUGCUCAGCAUCUUCCAUUACAUCUAACAAUUGUAACGAAUCUAAUGAUAAGACGACACAGGACAAGAGUAAAAUAAAUGAAGACAAUGAAUAUUGUCAAGAAAAGAACGCUGAGACCCCAGAAAAUAGUUUACCAGAGUCAUCCGAUGCUAUUAUAAAUCCAGAGAUGGACAUGAAGACUAUUGCAGGAGAAUUACCAAUUGAGAAUUGGUAUGACCGAUUUUCAUCAAUUUCAUCCAACAUUAUUGGUUCUGUACCAUGUAUGAUAUUAUUCUGGCUUGGUAUUAUCGUUUGGAUUAUUUGUGGUGUUAUUCCAAAGGAUGCAGGUAAUAGCCCACCAUACACUGGUAGAACCACUGGUAGUAAUCCUAAAUUGAAAAAAUUUAGUGAUGCAUGGCAAAUGUAUAUUAAUACUGCUGUAGCUGUCUCAUUAUUAAUUUGUACCACGUUUUUACAAAAUAUUAGAGCAAGACAUGAUAAAUUUAUUGCUAAAUUUCUAGUUAACACUUUUGAAAUUGAUGAUAAGAUUGAUAUUAGAUUAAGAACAUAUUUUAAAGAUUUCAGGCUCGCUAACCCAGUUAUUACCGUUCCACCAGGUAAAAGAACUUGGGGUGAGAAAUGUAUUGAUUGGUAUGCUGAUAUUAUUGGUACAGGUAUUGGUGUCAUGCUUGCCAUUGCAUUUUUUGGUGUUUGGAUUGGUAUUGGUUCACCGUUACAUUGGGAUGAUAAUUGGUGGUUGAUUAUUGGGACUUAUACUGGUCUGGUCGGAUUUUUGGAUGGCUACGUUAUUCGACAAGUGUAUUUUAGAAUUAUUGAGCAUGAAGAAGAAAAUUAUUCCAAAGUAGCAGAACAGGAUUUAGAACUGUUUCAAGUAUUAGGCAUUGAUUGUCCUGAAGAGUUUACUGGGAAACCUCAGGGUAACGUAACCAAGACUUUAAAUUAUAAAAUAUCUUCCUUCGUCAACAGAAUAUGUUCCGAUCAAUUGAGUGUUCUUGCAUCAAUUUUGAUUAUUAUUGGUCUAAUCUGUGUAUCAUCUGGUUUGCGCUGGAGUACCACAGGUCAAUUAAUUGCUAAUACACCAACUAUGAUUAUUGAAGAAUUCUUCUUAAUUGUAUUGCUUCAGGCACAUAAUUGGGCAGAUCAACAACGAAGAGUUGAAGUAUCGGCCUUGUUAGCAAGAAGACAAAUUUUACUUGCAUAUGUUGAAAACCAUUUCCCAGUAAUUAAAUAUUAG